UAGAGCUCCCGCGGUGCCGCCCUAGCGACAGCGUCACCGCCGGCGCCCCAAUCCCAAUCCCACUCCCACUUCCACCCCUACACUCCCCGCCUCCCACCCCUCACGUGCGGCGGCGCCGCCGCCAUUCCGGUUCUUCCUCGCCGGCGCGUCGCGUUCCCGCCGUCUCCAGUCCGUCCCGGUCUUCGGCCAUCGGGCUUCGAGGCACCCGGCGCACCAUCUAGAUCCGCCCCCAAAUCGCCAUGGCGGGGCAGUCCGACCCGCAUCUCUCCCUCUUCUCGCCCUCCGAGGUGGAGUUCGUGGCGGAGGACGAGAUCGUGGAGAUCGUCCCCAACAUCCGGAUGGAGGCCCUGAACAUGAUCUGCGGGGAUUUCGGACCCUUCUUCCCACAAAUUCCAAGCAAGGUCCCUCUGUGGCUCGCUGUGGCGCUCAAGAGGCGUGGCAAGUGCACCAUACGUGCACCUGAAUGGAUGACUGUUGAACGCUUAACACAGGUGUUGGACGCAGAAAGAGAGUCACCUAGAGAAUUUCAACCAUUACCAUUCCACUAUAUUGAAAUAUCUAAGCUUCUGUUUGAUCAUGCUCGUGAUGACAUCACAGAUGCAUACUUGGUGAGAUCUUUGAUUGAGGAUAUCAGAGAUGUCAGGUUCCAUAAGGUCGAAACUGGAUUAGAGACAAUAUCUGGCCGUACUCAUGCUGUGAAGCUCAAAAAUCUCUCUGCAAUGGAGGUGAACAUUGUCCGUCCUUUUAUGGUUAGAACUUUGCAAGCGUUCUACAAGCAUGAUAGCCCGCAGAUGAUUCAGCAGGCAGAUAAUACAGGGAGCAGAUCAACACCAGUCACAGACCGCGGUCCGAGGAGAGACCUAAGGCGCAGGUAACGAGCAUAUGCGGAGACCUAAGGCGCAGGUGAUGAGCAUAAGCAAGAUAUGCAUGUACCUGUCACUUGUACUCGCAAAGAAUUUUCUGCAUAGAAGCGGAUUGUAGUGAACAACGGUACCUGCGCUGUUGUGGUGUGCUGUAUGUUCCUAGCUGAAAGCCAUUUUAGUUCCCUCAGUGUGUGGCUUUUCUCCUACUGUAUCAGAUAAUAAUGGAUGCAUGCUUAUCUAUUAACCAUAGGGUUUUAUGAUUGUUCUACUUGUCA